AUGUCCGCCCCCCUCUCAGGAGUGUUCAGCAAAGCAUUAUCGGCAGCCUCAAAGGCUUACGAUCUCCCGACUGCUGACGACGCUACGCAGGAUCUCAUCAGGACCAGCCUCGCGGACCUUCAGAACGUCAAUGCGCGCGUCCUAGAUCUCUCACUCUUCAGCCCAAAUGAGACGCUAGAGGAUAUCACAACGCCUGAUCUUGUGUACCUCUUCGUGCCGUAUGUGAUCGCGGAGGUGCUGGGGAGAGUCAAGGCUCUGGAGCGUGAUGACAGAAUGCGCUUGCUGCAGCAGGCUGAAUCAAAGCUGAAGACGUUCAUCUUCACCUUGGAACACUAUAACAUCGUUCCCGAAGACGAGCGCAAGCUGCACGAGCGGGGGACUGCUUCAAUCCCCGACCCCGCGCGGCGAAGGGAGACAAAGAUCAAGCAAUUCCAGAAAGAGAAAGAACUGAAGGGCCGAGUAGAGGCUCUGCGCAAGCGCAGAAAUCAGCGUGCAGCCGAGGAAAACGACACCCCCAACGAUUUUGAUCUCAUUGGAUCAUUACUUCCCGCCGCUACAACGACCUCUGAUCAGGAGGAGGACGCGGAAACCGACGAGAUCCUGCGGGAGACGACGCUCAUAUUGCUAAGGCUUUGCUAUGCCAAAGCGCAAGCUGAGCUGGGGAGCAUCAACCAGGAGCUCGAUCUGCUGAAGAGCGCGCCACAAGAGCCAUCGCGCACGCCUGCAGACGCGUUAGAUCCUAGAUCCAGGCAGCGCCAGGAGCAGGACGCGAUGUGGCGUAUUGACGUGCCGCAGGGGUCGGAUGCGAAUGGUCCUCUCCUAGACCCGGAUGGCAAGCCUCUUCGUCCCUUUACGAUCCUUCCAGCCGGAGCCGCAGAUCGAGCGCGCUUGCAAAACCAAGUCUUCGGACCUGGUCACAAUCUACCUACUAUGACCGUCGACGAGUACCUGCAGAUCGAGAAAGAGCGGGGCAAGUUCAUCUCGGGCGGAGGAAAGGCAUCGGAGAGCGCGCUCACCGAAUCCGAGCAACUCGCCCUGGACGCAGAGAUGGAUGGCACCGCGGAGAGCGAGCGCAGGGCCGAAGAGAAACGUCUCAAGGACGAAAAUUGGGCGCAGUAUACGGAUACGCAUGCCCGCGGGGCCGGCAACACCAUGAAUCGGGGAUAG